AUGGCAUUUUGGUCCAGCACUUCGGUUUUCACGUCUAAAGUGCCCCGGAAAAUCUUAUUCAUGUUCACCCUCUCCCUCUCUGUCACCUACUUGUUCUAUAGCUUGAUGAGCUGCUACAACUCGCUGCAGUUCCCCCUGCAAGAGAACUACGUGUACCAAGGGAGGCUGGUGACGGAGGAGACAACUUUUGUGACAUUGAGGGAGAAACUUUAUUCCGCUUCCCAGGGCUUCACCGAAUACAGCGAGGCCGAGAGAACCACCGCGGCUGCCACCGCAAGGGAUCAUGCUGGGGCCGAGCAAAGGACGGUGGGGUGGAUUAGGACUCAGGCGUCUCCGACUAAAACGGCGGCGGCGGCGGCGGCGUACCACACCACCGCGCUGGAGCGGGAGCACCCGGAAUUCAGCACCACGGACAGCGAACUCAGGAUAAACUGCACCUCGGAUUACGGAGAGAAGAAACUUCCCCAAGCCAUCAUCAUCGGGGUGAAGAAAGGGGGGACCCGAGCCCUGCUGGAGGCUCUCCGGGUGCACCCGGACGUCAGAGCCGUUGGAAAUGAGCCACAUUUCUUUGACAGGAACUACGAGAAGGGGCUGGACUGGUACAGAGACCUGAUGCCUUCGACGCUGGAGGGGCAGAUCACCAUGGAAAAGACACCCAGCUACUUUGUGACUAACCAUGCCCCAAAGCGCAUCCACUCGAUGGCCAGGGACAUCAAGCUUAUUAUUGUGGUGCGUAAUCCUGUCACUAGAGCCAUUUCAGACUAUACACAGACAUUGUCCAAGAAACCUGAGAUCCCCACCUUUGAGGUUCUGGCUUUUAAGAACCGGACGCUGGGUCUCAUAGACGCCUCAUGGAGUGCGCUGCGUAUAGGAAUAUAUGCGCUCCACUUGGAGAGCUGGAUGCAGUAUUUCCCUCUCUCCCAAAUGCACUUUGUCAGCGGGGAGAGGCUCAUUGUGGACCCCGCGGGUGAGAUGGCCAAAGUGCAGGACUUCUUGGGACUGAAGCGGAUCGUCACAGACAAACACUUUUACUUCAAUAAAACUAAAGGAUUUCCGUGUCUGAAGAAGCCAGAGGACAGCAGCACUCCCAGAUGCCUCGGCAAGUCUAAAGGGAGAACUCACCCUAAAAUUGAUGCAGACGUGGUUCGGCGGCUGCACAAGUUCUACAAACCCUUUAACAUGAUGUUCUACCAAAUGACUGGCCAGAACUUUGAAUGGGAGCUGGAGGACGACAGUGAGUCUCGUAGCUCUCAGGACUAG